CCUCCAACAAACGAGCAAAAGAAGAGAUACAACUUCUCGUCUCAACUAAACGCGCGCCGAGUAUUACGUUGAGCGCUUCGGGCUUGUAGCACGUUUCACCCUUCUGCUCACAAUUCGUUAUCCUCCCGAAAGAUUUUGCCAAUCACCAUCAAGAGUUUAAUAUCACAGCAGCAUCUACCCGCCUGUUGCCUCAAUCGGAAUUGUGACCUCCAACCGUUAUUUCCUCGUGCUUGGAUAUCUACGACUCUCUUUCGGGGUCCUUUGAAACACUCAGAGCUUCGCUUCAUUUGCAAUCCUUGCGUCCCGAAGUCAGCCCUGGGGUGGAUCCCGUGACCUUCGCCGGACUACCCAGGUCAACUCCCCCACCAAACACUCCCUGAAGCGGCAAUCAUGCCACCAACAUUACGUCGACGCGGCCAGCCUUCACCACAUCAGCACUACGCAGUUCCAGUUUCUGACAGCGAUGAGGCGGACGAUCAGGGUGUUCGAGAGGAUGAAGAGGAAGUAAUUGGAGACGAGCUGGCUGGGGUUGAAGCGGAAGAAGAGGAUGAAGAUGAUGACGAGGAGGAGCCACUAGUCUCUCCAACCCACUCCACUGCCCCAUCCACCCACAACGACCCAAUCCCGCCCAACCUCCGCGAAAUCUCCAACCUCGCCUCCUGGACCGUCUCAUCCAACAAACCCGGUUGUUCCAUCCCGCAACUGCGCUCGCCCUCGAACUCCCUAUUCUGGCAAUCCGACGGUCCGCAACCGCAUUAUCUCAACAUCCACUUCUUCAAACUGGUGCGCAUUGUGGGUUUGAGAUUGUAUCUGGAUUUCGAUGCCGAUGAGAGUUAUACACCGACGAGGAUUGUAUUUUUAGCGGGGAGUGGUGGAAAUGAUCUUGUGGAGUGGGGCGAGAUGAGGUUGGAGCAGCCGAGGGGGUGGGUGUGGGCGGAUUUUUCGGGCGUGGGAGAUGUAGAGGAUGAAGGCGAGGAUUCUGAGGAUGAGGAUGGAGAAGGGGGGUUUGAUGGUGAGGAUGACGGAAGUGAAGGCGGGGUCAUAGGGCGGUUGCCAGACCUCGAACUUGCGCUUAAUGACGAUAUAUCGGACUCCGAGAAUACGCAACCUACCAACACGCCCGUAAUAAAUGGUCCAGGAAUAGCAAUAGCGGGGGCAACCCGUGGCGACCCCAUGGCCAUCGACACACCCACAGCUCCAGGUCCAACACCUCCUCUCCAGCUCCCUCCCACCGUCCCCCAUCACUCCCCCCAACACGUCCACCAACAAAUUCCCAACCCUAAUGUCAACCCAUCCUCAAUCCGUCCCCAUCCUCGCGCCCCCCUCCACCCUCUCCCCUCCGUAAACACAACACCCUUCCCCCGCCUCUCCCGCAAAAAGAAACCCAAACUCCCCGUCCUUCGCGCCCAUCUCGUACAAAUCAAGAUUCUGGAGAACCACCAAAACGGAAAGGACACGCACCUACGAGGUCUGCAGAUCUUUGCACGGGAUAAUGAGGGAGGGCAAGGGAGGGAGAGUGAGAGUAGGGUAGUGGUUGGUGGAAGGAAGUCCGUUGGAGGUGGAGGGAUUGGGGGAAGGAAGAGGACUAGUGGUAGCCGAGGUGGUGGGGUAAUCGGGGGAGCCGAGAGUGGUGGUGGUAGUGGUGGUAGACUGUUGGCGAGGAGUGAGUGGGAUGUUGAGGGGAGUAUUCGUUAGGGAUAGUCAUCACGUCUGUCAUAGGGAAGCUGGAGGAAAGCAUAUUUACUGAGUAACAAAAGUCCAGCAAGUGGCCUAGUGGAAGAGUACUCAUAGGGUGUAAGGGACUAUGUGGCCCGCUCCAGUCCCAAGCAGAUGCAAUAGAGGUGUCUGCUGUGAUUAUAGAAUUUGGUGGUGGAAGAUCGGACAAUAUUCCUAUGACCAAAUGCAAUGAGAUAGCUUUUAAAACAAAGU